GGCCCGCGAUAAGACAUUAGUUGUUGCCGGCUGGUGGUAGUAGGCAGUGUAUUAGCCUGGUUAUUAAAAGAAAGUCACAGUGAUGAUGAUGGAAGUUGGUGGAUGGCAGUUAGUUGUCUGUAACGGUGCCUAAAAGAAAGUUGCAGUGUGAGUAAACAACGCGAGCGCGCAAAUCGACAAACGACAUUUUAGUUGAAAACCAACGUUUCAUAUACAAAUAAAGCCACUGAAUAUGCCGGAUGAAGUACCCAGCCCUUUGGAAGACGACGAAAAAUCAUUGUGCUUUCGCGGUCUAUGGGCCUGGCUGGUGCUCGUACUUGUCUUUUGCCUUGUUAUCGCAUUGAUUAUGUGGUUGCUACGCAAGUGCGUACAGGGACCCUUUUACCGCAAGAAGACCCGCAUCGAUGGUAAAGUAGUGAUUGUGACAGGCUGUAAUACUGGCAUAGGUAAGGAGACUGCCAUGGAGCUGGCACGCAGAGGUGGGCGCAUUUACAUGGCUUGCCGUGACGCUGCGCGUUGUGAGGCCGCACGCUUGGAGAUCAUUGAACGCACACAAAAUCAAAACGUCUUCAAUCGCACAUUGGACUUGGCCUCAUUGUCGUCGGUGCGCCAAUUUUCCGAACGCUUUUUAGCAGAGGAACAACGCUUGGACAUUCUUAUAAAUAAUGCCGGCAUUAUGGCCACACCGCGCAAGCUCACCGUCGACGGCUUCGAACAGCAGUUUGGUGUGAAUCACUUGGGCCAUUUCUUGUUGACAAAUAUACUGCUAGAACGCCUAAAGUCUAGUGCACCGAGUCGCAUUGUAGUGGUGAGUUCAGCGGCCUACAUCUGCGGACGCAUCAACAAAGACGAUUUGAACAGUGAGAAGCACUAUUCAAAAUUCCUGGGUGCCUACUGCCAAAGCAAAUUGGCCAAUAUACUAUUCACACGAAAGUUGGCUGAAAUGCUUAGAAAUACUGGCGUAACCGUCAACUCCGUCCAUCCCGGUAUAGUGCGUACUGAAUUGGGUCGCUACAGCAUUUCUACGCACUGGUUCAACGCCAUUUGGUUCCGCGUAUUUGGCUGCUUCGUCAAAACGCCCAAAGCCGGUGCGCAGACGACAUUGCGCGUAGCAUUGGAUCCGGCGCUAGAGAAGUGCAGUGGUGACUUCUACGCAGACUCGACCAGCUUGCCUCUGCUGCCGAAAGCAAAAGACAAAGAGAUGGCGGAAUGGUUAUGGAAAGAGAGCGAAAAAUUAGUCGGCCUUCAAGGAACGCCAAAUGCGGUGCAAACAAUAGUGGUGGAUCAAUAAAGCCUCGCCCCAGGAAGGUAGCGCACUAUUCCUCCGCGUCUUUCGUAAGAAAUGCUUC